UUUUCAGCAGCCUCUGCCUUUGUGAGCUCCAGAACAGUUGUAGCAAAUGAUGCCUGUUUCUGAGAGGCCUCAAUAUAAACACCAGAAGCAAGUCAAGGCAAUUUACACAUAUGACUUCUCGAAGCACCAGGAGAAGUUGAAGGCCAAGUUGCUCCCACUACUAGGAACAGGACUACCUUUUGUGCAAGCAAAGAAGAAAGCCAAUGUUUGCAAAACUAAAAGAGUCAGCAAGAGGAGAACCAGAUCCAUAGGCUUGACCAAGAACUCGGUGAAUUAUCAGACAGUGAUCGUAGUCGAAGGUAAGAAGACUUAUGUUGGUAGCUUCCCUCUCGAAGUCGAUGCAGCGAUCACCUUCGACUUCUACUCACUGACGCUGCACAACAACAAGACUCCGACCAACUUUGCAUGGAGGGCCGAAGAUGUCUUCGAAAUGCUGGAGAGCUUCAACCAGAACGGAGGAGUGUUCGAGGCUUCUGCUUUCAGAGAUAGAUUAAGUUAAUUCUUUUGAAGUUUCAAAGUAAAUAUCUCUGCCUCUCAAUUGGCUUCUACCUCAUG